GCGUAACUACGAUUUUUCUUUAAUCGUUCACGCAUUAUAAUUUAAUUCAAUUCGUGCGUGGCGACCUAUAAAAAUGUUCAUUGUGCAAGAAUUUCGGGACCUUGACUUCUGCGGCGUUGAUUUCGACAUUUUUUUCGGUAGUUCUGUUUAUCUCUUAUCACUUACACAAACAAUCGUCACUUGAAGUAAGUAAUUUAGAUUAGACCCUACUCGUGGCUAAUCCAUACAGUUGACAACAGUUUUGGAGAGGUACUGGCAAUAUAAAAUCGCGCGCGAAAUUGUGUCCCUUCACUCUCCAUUGCAAUGCUUGCUCUGGCGAUUGCAAUAGUGCUUUGCGCGACGAGCGCCUGCAGCGAGCCUCUACCGCCUCCGUGCGACAGUGACAUCUACUGUCACGGCGAGUUGCUGCACACGGUCCAAAUGGCCCGCAUUUACGAGGACAGCAAAACUUUCGUCGACAAAAAAUUGCUGCACUCUCCCGAAGAGACCUGGACUAACUUUCGUACCUUGAUGAACGCGACCAACAACCAACCGAGCAAGGUGGAGAUCGCCAAGUUUGUCGACGACAACUUCGCCGACGGUAACGAGCUGGACAAGUGGACGCCAACGGAUCACGUCGAAAAUCCCGCGUUCCUGAUGAGGAUCCGCAACGUAACCGUAAGGGAGUUCGCGAAGAACUUGACCAGUCGGUGGCCGUUGCUCGCCGUGAAGAUCAAGGAGGAGGUAAGCGCGAACUUGGACCGUUACAGUCUGAUUCCGGUGCCCAAUGGUUUCGUUAUACCCGGAGGACGUUUUCGCGAGUUUUACUACUGGGACUCGUACUGGAUCCUCGAGGGGUUGCUGAUCAGCGAGAUGUUCGAUACGGCUCGUGGAAUGAUCGAGAACUUCAUUUUCAUCGUCGAAAAGUACGGGUUUAUGCCGAACGGUGGCCGAAUCUACUACCUCAACCGUUCGCAGCCUCCCCUGCUGACGGCGAUGGCCCACCGCUAUUUCACCGCCACCUCGAACACCACAUGGGUGCGUAAGCACAUCCACAACAUCGCCAAGGAGUUGCGCUUUUGGUUGGACAAGCGCACCGUGCCCGUCAAUGUUGGGGGUUGCAAUCUCACUCUGGCCCGCUACUCCGUACCAGCUUCAGGACCAAGACCGGAAUCGUACCGGGAGGACUACGCCACCGCGAAGGGAGUUGAGCAAGUCUACGUCGAUCUUAAGAGCGGGGCCGAAUCUGGGUGGGAUUUCUCGUCUAGGUGGUUCUUCGACGAGGACGGCGGCAACAACGCGAAUCUUUCCUCUAUAAUGACGAGCCGCGCCAUCCCCGUGGACCUAAACGCGUACCUCUGCGGCGCGUUUCGGGAUAUCGCCCAAAUGUACCUCGCCAUAGGCGACAUGGACAAUUCCGCCUUUUGGAAAGCGAAGUACACGGAAUGGAGGAGGGCGGUUCACGUGGCGUUUUGGAAUCGGUACGACGGCACCUGGUACGACCUGGACUCGCAAUCGCUGAAGCAGAGGAGGUACUUUUACGGUAGCAAUCUCGCGCCGCUUUGGUCGCGGUGCUAUGAAUCGAAGCGUGCGCCGCAGCUGGCCAAUGCUACCGUCAGCUAUUUGGAACGGGAGGGCAUUUUAGGGUACCUGGGCGGCGUACCGACCUCGGUGCUGAACUCGGGGGAGCAGUGGGACCUUCCGAACGCCUGGCCGCCGCUACAGGACAUCGCCAUUAACGGUUUGAGGUCGACCGGCGACGUUAGGGCACGCUCGCUCGCCAAUCAGCUGGCGCACAGGUGGGUGGACGCCAACAUUUUGGGUUUCACGACGGCGGGCGAUAUGUUCGAGAAAUACGAUGCGGCGGUGCCGGGACAGUACGGCGGCGGCGGAGAGUACAGCGUGCAGACAGGAUUCGGAUGGACCAACGGUGUUGCAUUGAAGUUUAUCAAGCAAUUCUAUACGUGAUACUUCGGUUCCGUUUUUUUUUCAAAUAAAGUAACACCCUGUAUAUAUUAUUCAUUAAACAAUCUUAAUUUUUA